AGAGCUUAGAAAUAUGAAAAAGAAAUAAAUUUUUCAUAUUUUAUUGCCUUCGACUUGUCGUUUGCUUUUUCAAAUUCUAUCAAGAUUUCCCUCCUCCAAUUCUUUAUUCUUUGACAAAAGAACCUACGGGAAGGGCUAAUUUGCGGAUGAGGAAUUAGCAUACUGACUCGCUUUCAUCCUUCCCGUUCAUAGACCAAGGGAAACUCUUUUUAGUAAGUGUUAGUGUUCCAAUAACCAAUAAAAGGGCUAGUUCAUUAGUUCAUAAUUUAUAACUAACUCGAAUAUUUUUUAUUUUUUGACUCAAUUUCAGAAAAAAUAAAAGAAUAAAUAAAAAGAGGGCCGAAGUGCUACAAAAGGAACUCUGUUCGAUUUUUUAGUCUAUCUAUAAGAGGAGAUCAUAUGAAGAACGUAACCGAUUCUUUCGUUUCUUUGGGCCACUGGCCAUCUGCCGGGAGUUUCGGGUUUAAUACCGAUAUUUUUGCAACAAAUCCAAUAAAUCUAAGUGUAGUGCUUGGUGUAUUGAUUUUUUUUGGAAAGGGAGUAUUAAGUGAUUUAUUAGAUAAUCGAAAACAGAGGAUCUUGAAUACUAUUAGAAAUUCAGAAGAACUGCGUGAAGGGGCUAUUGAACAACUCGAAAAAGCUCGUUCUCGCUUACGGAAAGUAGAAACCGAAGCCGAGCAGUUUCGAGUGAAUGGAUACGCCGAGAUAGAACGAGAAAAAUUGAAUUUGAUUAAUUCAACUUAUAAGACUUUGGAACAAUUAGAAAAUUACAAAAACGAAACGAUUCAGUUUGAACAGCAAAGGGCGAUUAAUCAAGUCCGACAACGGGUUUUCCAACAAGCCUUACGAGGAGCUCUAGGAACUCUGAAUAGUUGUUUGAACAACGAGUUACAUUUACGUACCAUUAGUGCCAAUAUUGGCAUGUUGGGAACAAUGAAAGAAAUAACUGAUUAG